GAGGAGGAACAGGAACAGGCCCACACUAUAAGAGCUGUUGUUAUUUUUAUUAGUUGUAAGCAGUAGGUAAACAGCGACGCGCUUCAAGGGAUCAUACAUUGGAAUUAUUGAGACAUUUUGAGAUUACGAAAAUUAAAGAGAAAAGUGAAACGAUCUGGCUCUCUCUCUCUGCUUUUCUGACGAUGGAGUUCCCAGACCUUGGAGAGCACUGCACUGAGAAGACUUGCAAGCGCUUGGAUUUUCUUGCAAUGAAGUGUGAUGCCUGUGAAGACAUCUUCUGUAAAGAUCACAUUACUUACACAAACCACAAAUGCACAUCUGCAUACAAAAAAGAUGUUCAAGUUCCUGUCUGCCCACUUUGUAACACCCCAAUCCCUGUCAAGAGAGGAGAAAUGCCAGACAUCAAGGUUGGGGAACACAUUGAUGGGGACUGUAAAUCUGACCCCGCUCGCAGGAAAAGGAAGAUUUUUACAAAUAAAUGUUCAAAAGGGGGUUGUAAGCAGAAAGAGAUGAUACAUGUGACAUGUGACCAGUGUCACUUGAACUUCUGCCUGAAACACAGGCACCCUUUAGAUCAUGUAUGCAAGUCUGAUGGCCAUCCUGUCUCUAAAUCUGGUCAUGCUGCUUUAAUGCGAUCUCAUGGAUCAACCUCCUCAGCUGCUGCUGCUGCUUCCAGUAAAGGAACCUCCAAAUCUGUACCGAAUGGACUAAGCGGGAAUGCACGAUCACAGCCAAGAAGGCAGAGUGCGACCGUGGCACCACCACCACAACAGCAGAGAGUAAUCCCUCCCUCUGCAUCUCUUCAGGCAGGAAUGACUGAGGAGCAGGCUUUGCAGAGAGCUCUGGAGAUGUCUUUACAGGAAUCUGCAAGAAGCACACAGCAGCCACUCAGUCCUCAGGAGCAAGAGGAUCUUGCGUUGGCCCAGGCACUAGCUGCCAGCGAGGAGGAGUUCCGCAGGCAGCAGCAGCAACUACAGGUAUCCAGAACAGUUACCAGUCAGUUGCAUGCUAACAGGAGCUGAAGUAGAACCGAGAACACAAACAGUCUUACUGCAGCAUGUCUUAAUAUCGCAUUCUGCUGUAAAGCUGCCUUAUGUGCUGUAUUAUACCAUGUACCAACCAUGUCUCCACAUUUUAAAAUGACAAAUGCAGAAUUUGUUGGGUUUUUUUUUCUCAAUCAUAUAUAUAUAUAUAAUAAUAUAUAACAAAUCUUAUAAAUUGUAUUCUUAAACUAUAUGCAUCCUACCAUUUUAUAUAAAAAGCUUUGUGUGUACAUAUUUCAUAUCUUGAUUACAUUAACCAAGAGAAUGCCUUGUCUGCUAGAUGUGUAUUGAAUAAAACAUUUAAAAAUG